CAAAAGGAGGAGAGGAGCGGCACAAUGACCACCCAGUAGCAGGUACCUAUAUAUAUACGUCCAGCUUCAAUGUAGCGGACGGUCGGACAGUGGGAUAGACUCACCUACUUACCUGGUACUGGCAGUCACAAGGAAUAACUGGUAACAACCUUGUAACCUCGAAACUCUAUUGGCCGUUUAUCCAUUAACGGCUUCAAUGUUCUUUUUCUCAUCGUACUCUGAGCCAACGAGAUACUAGCAUUACCCCCUUACACCUCUACGCCCUUACGCUACUACAAUAUUACAUGAUAAAAAAGCAAUGGUAAAGAUAAAAACAUGUCAACAACUCCCCCGCCAAGACAACGCCCCCUACCUCCUCCGAGUCGGCGCCGCGAUAAACCUCAAUUGUCGUGUAAUUUAUGUAGGAGGCGCAAAGUGAAAUGUGACCGUCAACAGCCUUGUAAGACCUGUACAUUUCGUGGCCUGGCUGCAUCAUGCAGCUACCCUCCAGAUGGAAGCUCGCGCUCUUCGGAUCGGGAUCCGUAUACCGUGCAGAAUCGCAUCCAUGAGUUGGAAAACCUCGUACAUGCUCUCAUGAAAAAUGCAUCAAAGAACAACUCUCAAGGAUCAUCUACUACUCAAUCUAAUCCACCCCUUACUGGCUCCCCCAUCCAUCGCGCUUCCGACUCCUCCCCUGAACCCCCUGAACCCGGCGCACCGGGAGCUAGUGGGCCCGGAGAGUUACUGGAUGGUGGUACCCUAAUAAAUAGUCCUGCCGGAGUUCCCAGCUAUGUCGAUGGUGCGCAUUGGACAGCUCUUUUGGAUAGCAUAUCCGAGCUAAAGGACUACCUGCAAGAUGCCCCUGAGCCCAAUAUGCAGUUUAGCCUUCCACCGCAGAUUGUUCCAGAUUACGGUUCUUUCCCGUUGCUUUUAUACGGUGGCUUUGCCCAAACUACUAAAGGGGAAAUCUUGAGCGCCAUUCCGCCACGGCCUAUCGCCGAUAGGCUUGUCUCUCAAUUCUUCAAUACGGUUGAUCUUGCACCAGGUCUUAUACAUAGUCCCCAGUUUAUUCGACAGUAUGACCAGUUUUGGUCAGACCCUUCCGGGACUCCCAUCUCCUGGAUUGGCCUCUUGUUUUCUAUGAUGUGUGUUUCUACAUUGCUAUCAAUGCAGCAUGCCGGCCACGAUCCAAGCAAGGUUCCGCAAGACCCGGAAAAUGGUCUCCGUAUGAGAGUGUACCGAGAAAAAACCGUUCAAUGCUUGACCAUGGCCAAAUAUACCAUGGGUGGUGUCAACAUAAUCCCUGCCUUCAUCCUCUAUAUUGCCAUUGAACACCUCAGUAAAGCGGAUUCGGAAUUUGGUACCCAUAUUCUGUUAGGGUUGAUUCUCAAUAUUGCUCUGAGAAUGGGCUAUCACAGAGAUCCUAAGAACUUCCCGGUCCUGACACCUUUCGAGGGUGAGAUGAGAAGGCGAACUUGGUCAACUUUAUACCAGGCGAACCUUAUCUUCGCAGCCCAGAUGGGGAUUCCGACCAUGAUACAAGAAUAUCACACAGAUAUAGAAGAGCCGCACAACGUAUUUGACUCUGACUUCGACGAGAACUCGACAGAGAUCCCCCCAUCGCGGCCCGAGACCGAGAUGACGCCUGUUCUUUAUAUAAUCACACGAGAUCGCGUUGCGCAUAUCUGGGAAAAGAUCCGCGACGCGGCGACUGACACUAGACAUCAUAAAUACCAGGAGAUACUGGCGAUGGAUGGAUUACUACAGGCCGAGAAAAGCCGUCUUCCGCCACCCUUCAAAGUACAGCCCAUAGCGCAAUCGAUUGCAGUUCCCCCGAAUCUGAUCGUGCAAAGAAUCUGGUUAGACAUCUGUUACCUACGACUCCAGAUAGUGCUACACCAAAAGUACUUCAUGGCGCCAGCUCAUCAUGAGCGGUACAGCCAUUCCCGAAGCGUGUCAUUGAAAGGAGCUGUAAAGAUUGUCGAAUAUCAAGACUUGAUGUUCGAACUAGUGAAGCCAGAUAACUUAUUAUAUGAGGCUCGGUGGAAACUCACGUCCAUAAUGAAUAAUGAGUUCCUUCUAGCGACUAGUAUUCUCUGCGCUUAUGUGAAGCAGGUCAGCGAUAUACCUCAGAGCGCAGUAGAAGGGACAAGCUUAGAAGAGGUUACUGAGCUUCUGAAAAUGUCGGCGACUCACUGGGAAAGACAGAGCACUACAUCGAAGAAUGCCCGGAAGGCUCUCAAGGCCAUAUACAUGGUCCUACAGAUCACCGGUACUUCUUCAACGGUGCCUGUUAGUAUGGAGCUUGACCUAAGUUCGAUGCUGGCUUUUCGAGAUCCUCUUCUUCUAGAUUUCAACUUCCCUGGCAUGAUGGACGGCUUCUAUAGCGGAGAUGACUCGGCAUCUGGUGGGGACCUUUCACUUGAAUCGAGCCCAUACGCCCAACCACAACUUGGCGAAGACUGGAUUAAUAUGUUCCAGCGGAUUUCUACUACUCCUCGCAUGUCAAACUGAUGUGAUCUUCCCCAGAUGUGGGUGUGUUGGAAGCAUAGUGAGCACUUUUGGAAGGAAAGGGGGAGGCUAAUCUUGAAGUUGGCAUUUUUUGAACCGGGUUCAGCUGAUCUGAGCUAACUGUGUGAUUACCUUAGGCAACCUACCUAGCUAUUUCUUUUGAGCUGGAUAGGUGCUGUAAUUUGAGACUAUGAUUGAGGCAAGAGGCGUAUUGAUUCAUUGAGCUGAAAGAGAUUGCAAACGUUACUACGCGACAAGGUACCACGUUACUAUAUGGGAAAUCACAUGACUCUGUCCUGACAGAAGCUGGCAUUUUGUAUUUAGGCCACGUGAUGUGUAUUACGUCCAGAGAAAUAAUGAAAGAUCGAUCCUUAGUUUAUAAUUUAGUGUAGCUAGGUAUAUAAUCUAACAUGUUGCCUGAGAAAAU